AAACCCGUCCCUAACGAUUUCCGUAGAAAUCGUGCUGCGUUCACGUACUAUUGGCAGAAUGGGAAGAACAGACAAACAACAGUUCGUCCGACUUGGGUGUGUUCACACGUUAUUCCGAGGUGGUUGCCCGUGGCGUACAGAUCCUGUGACAUGCUCUGAAGGGACUUUAUUGGAUUUUAAUUUGAUGUAACCGCCAGCGGUCGCGCAUUUUCCGAUAUUCUGCAACUGUUUGCUUCACGAAGUGUAAAGAGACGGUCGGCUCGUUGUAAUUUCGGGUUUAACGAUACGACUUGAACGCAGCACGAGGGACCUGGGAAGGAGUGAAAAGCUCGGAGUAACGAAGGUUUAACACCAUACAUUUUACAUGUUUAUUUUGUUAAGGGGGACAAGUAACUCCGGUCGACGACCUAACAUUGCAUGAGGCGGAACUGCACUUUAGUCAUCAAUGCUGUUUGCCACCCGCCACUGAACGGAAAAAAAAGAAGAGGGAGAAAGAAGAAGAGACGUAGAUGCGGAGAAACAGAGUGUUACCUGUUUUACAGAGACAAAAACGCCCCCUAAUUUUGGUUUGCAUCUAGCGCGGAGGAUGUUUAACACGGGCGUUCAGCGACCCCCUGCUGCGUCCUCUCGAGAACCGAGGCGGGUCCGUGUUCAUGACUGCCGCGGCGAAAAUAAAGAGGUUACCGGAACAUUUCUGGAAACAAGUGGUUUGAACUUCAAUGACUUUCUGCGAAUUCUGCACAGGGAAUUUUCAGUCCCUUCACAUGAAAGAUUUGUGUUGGCCACAACAGACAGAACUGUCCUUGAUUUUGACAAAUUUGAGGAGCUUCAGGAUGGCAGUACCCUCUACUUGCUGCAACAGGAGGACCAAGCUCUGCCAAUGGCAAUGGAGGAGCGCAUCAUGUUUAUCCCUCAUUAUGAUACGUUAAUCCAGAGUGGCAUGUAUGAGUACUAUGCUAGUGAGGGCCAGAACUCAUUACCCUACGCACUUGCUGAGCUCAUUGACAACGCUCUGUCGGCCACAGCUAAAAACACAGGAAUGAGGACAAUAGAGUUAAAAUUGCUUUUUGAUGAAAGCCAUGGGAAACCUGCAUUGAUUGUCUCAGAUAACGGAUGUGGAAUGAACUCUAAGCAGCUCAAUAACUGGGCAGUGUACAGACUCUCUAAAUUUACCAGGGAAAACAGCACAUUUGUGAGGCAAGAGGGGUAUGUUCGGCCUGAUCCUGUCCCUCGUAGUCUCAACAGUGAUAUAUCCUACUUUGGAGUUGGAGGAAAACAGGCUGUUUUCUACAUUGGAGACUCAACCAGGAUGAUCAGCAAACCAGUAGGCUCCCCAGAUGUUCAUGAGCUGGUUCUGUCGAAAGAGGAUUUUGAGAGAAAAGAGAGGAACAAAGAGGAUAUUUACAGUGGGAUCAUCAGAAACAGGAAGCCCGGUGACUCUUCACAUGUGGAAAAUGACGAUGAGCGCUUCCUCCAUGCCUUAAUUGCUGAGGAACCUGGGAAGGAAAGCUUCACAGCCGUGGUCAUUACGGGAAUCCUGCCUGAGCAUGUCACCUUUUUGAAACAUGAUUUCAAAGCGUGGACCAGAGAGCUAGCUCACAUAUAUCACUAUUACAUCCAUGGAGUCAAUGGAAAUGAAAUGAGUUGGAGUCCUACAAACUCAGAUCGUCUCCCUAACAUUGACAUUCGGGUUACCUUGUGGGAAAAGCCUUUCAGAUGUCCCCGUGUAAUGAAUCUCAGGGAAGUUGAUGAUGACAUGCAGACUCUGUACAUAAAUUCUGCUGUAGACACAUUUGAGUUUAAGGCCAACCCUGGAUUAGACCUUGGCACAGUGGAGGGAGUCAUUCGGUAUCAUCCCUUCCUUUAUGACAAGGAGACAUACCCUGAAGACCCGUCUGCUGUGCAAGCACCUCUUGAUGAUGAAGAUGACAAUAAUGAGCCUGGAGUCCGAUAUCAGGCAAGAGGAAAGAGGCCAAUCUUUGAGUGUUUCUGGAAUGGACGGCUGAUACCUUACACCAGAAUAUCUGAGCUUGACUGGUGUACCUGGCCGGUUAAAGGAGCAAAGGUCCCUCAAGAGUGUUACAGUCGGUUUUCAGGGGUGAUGUUCACUGACGACAGAUUCAAGGUCAGCACGAACAAGCUCACCUUCAUGGACCUGGAGCUGAAAUUGAAGAACAAGGACACUAUCUUCACACGCAUUGUUAACGGACAGGAAAAAAGAAGUAACAUUCAGAGGGAGUUCAUGGAGUGGCUAAAAAACUGUCACGAGAAGUUGGACAAGCAAGUGAAGUUCCUGGGAUUCAGGAAGAGCAUAGAACGAAUGGAUGUGCCCACUAAGAAAAUGAAGAAUCCCUGGGCGACGUUCUCUUCCAUUGAAUGGGACGGCAAAAUAUACAAAACAGGCCAACUUGUGAAAUCUCAGAAAACACAGCCCAUUCUGCAUGGUACCGUAGUUCAGUUUUUGCUAUAUGGAGAUCAUGCGGAAGAUGUCUUUGCCGCAGGAGGACAGGUUGAAGUGUCUCUGGAACCCAAAGCACUUUAUGACAACACUAAGAUCAUACCCAUUUCCAAGAUAGACAGGACAGUCACUGAUGAAUCCAUCGAGAAAAACAUUGAAAAUGUCCUGGCCAAGCUUCCAGAUAUGCUAAAAGUGGACUGGCCAGAUGGUAAACCCUGGACAGAGAAUGGUGUGUUUGCAGCUGGGACUCCGUUAGGGGCACUCAAAAUCGAAAUUCUGAACAAGAAGGGAGAGUCGAUAUCCAGGAUGCCAACAGUGGGCCAGGGGACAGUGAGAAAACUGAGUGUCAAGCUCACAUUAGUUAAGCACGGUCCUAAAAAAAAUGAAGAGAUUUUAGCUUUUGUUGCCCAGCAUUCAGCAAAGUGGGGUAUCUGGUUCAAAAAAAUUGACAAUCUGACCAACCCAGGGGAGUAUACACUGUUUCUGAACACCUUGCUAAAUGAAAGUAAUGCCACCGUCUUUGGAGGCAGAGAGCUUCCAAGCUACAAACUCAAGUUCACCAUGAAAGAGGGUAGUGGUGAGAGUUUCGUUAUGGGUUCUGUGAGCUCCACUCUUCAUGUAGGGGUGCCAUUCGACAUUCCUCUUCAGCUAAAAGAUCGUUAUGGCAACUCAGCGAUGCCUCUUCGCAAUCUCCAGCCUUUACUCAAAUCCAGUGACAUGGAUCUGAGUUAUGAAGCAGUGGACAUCAGUGGCAACAAGUUCACCAUAAAAGGUGUCAAAGCAAGAGGAAAAGUACUGAAUUACCAACAAUCCAAGACAUAUGACUUGAAAGUGAUCCUGCCAGGCCUGAAAAAAAACACACAGACUAUCAAGAUCAGUCUUCUGCCUGGUAAUCCACAUGUCCUCCAUGUGAAGACAGAAGAUGACCCAAUCAUAGUAGAGAAUGGAAACCCUGCCAGGUUUAACAUUGAAAUUCAUGAUGAGGCUGGAAACAUCACCGCUCACCCCAAACAGAUAGUUCACUCCCAGGUUCAGGGGCUUCCUCUGGCAACAAUUGACUGCAGCAGCACUGGAGCAGGACAGCUUGUGACAAAGCCCUUAAACCUGAAAAUAAUCAGGGGAGAACCACAAAAGCUCAAAGUUCAGUUUUGGAUGCCUAGUCAGAGUAGCAUAGCAUCGGUUGUGAGGGAGCUGAAGGUGAUGCCCAGCACAAGGGUCUCCUUGAUAGAGCUCUACAGUCGAGAUGUUGAGAAUCUGGUGCUGAAGAACAACGAAAAGAUAGAAUGGCCGGCCGGAGGCUCACUGGAGAACCUGUUCUAUAAACUUUAUGAUGAGACUGGCAGAGAGGUACCUCUCACCGCUGAAAUAGUCUCUAUGAUCAAGGUUAACUGGAAAGGAGAUGUAAAUCUGGAAGAUUUGGUGCAGGGUAAGCUGCCUAAUGUACAGGUGCCCACAAAGGUGCAGGAAGAGCCCUUCUACCAGGUGUCCUACCAUGACCAGAGUGUGUCUAUCUCCUUUACUGUAGUACCUUGUCCAGAUGAACCAAAACGGCUAAAAGCAACUCUGCUCCAAAAUACAUUGAAGCUGGGUGAAAUGCUAUCUGGAAACAUCAACUUACAGCUUUUGGACCAGUAUGACAAUGCAACCAAGACGCUAACCUCUAACUGUGUGAAACACAUGACUGUGGAAGCUGAAGGUCUGGACAAAUCGGCCGUCGCCUUUAUUUGGCAGGAGAGCAACAGUUCUGUCGAGGUGACAGGAAUACGCUUCCAGUGUGGGACAAUUGGCAUCAGAGAGAUGUUCUUCACUUACCUGAGCUAUGCGGAGAGUGUCAUAGUUAAAGUGACCGCUGGAGACCCUGCACAGCUUAAACUAGUCAGUGGGCCUAAGCAGCCUUUGCAGGUCUUAAAUGACCACAGCAUCCCCACACCUUUCAUCAUCCAGCUGUCCGAUAAGUUGGGAAACCCAUCUCCAUACCAAAGGGUUGUGGUGGAUAUAAAGUCUUCACCACCAGCACUGAAGGUGACGACAACCGUUACUUCAGAACCAGCAAACCCAGAAGGAAAAGCCUUUUUCACUGUUCAUAGAGUGAGCGGGCCAAAGGGGUGCUAUCAGCUGGAGUUUAAUGGUUCCUUCAACAACAAACCCAUCUCUGGCCCAUCAGUGAAUAUAACUGUUUUACCUGAUCCCAACAAACCUGUCAGCCUGUCAGUGGACUACGACACCACUGCCAAGUUUCCGGCUGGAGGCACCUUCCCAGUGUUCUCAGUGACCGUGGUGUCUGAUGAAGGUAGCCUGAUGACAAGUUUAAACCCAGCUGCUGCAUCCAUGUUGCUGUGGGAGGGAGGGCCAUCAGGAGAAACACCUCCACAAACAGCCACUGAGCUGAAGUGUAGUAAGCCCAUGGAGAAUGAAAGGAAAGACUGUUUUUACUUUAGAGAUAAAGAAAUCCCAAAACGUGCUGGAAAGCAUACCAUCCAGUUUUCUCUGCGCGUCGACAAAACAAAACUCCUGUUCAGCAAACAGAUUAUUAUAAAUGUGGUGGCUAAUCAGCCUGUCAAACUGAGACCCGACUCACAGCCACAACCCCCAGUCCUUUCCUGCUGUAAGGACAUUGCUAACCGAACCUUGGUGAAGAAUAUGACUCUCAGGAUAGUGGACUCAUAUGGAAACCCAGCGGGGCAGGACCUGGAAGGGAAUGUGGUCGUUUCUAUAAUGAGCUCUAGUGAUGAUAGCAACAAAAACCUCCCUCUGUUUGAAGGCAAAAUCAACAGAAUUCCUAUCAGCUUUGUAGAGGGAAAGGUCCGCAUCACUAGGUUGGCUAUCAUGGAGAAUAGCCCUGGUGAGGAUGGUGGUGCAUACACCCUCCUCUUCAAACCUGAAGUGUCCAUGGUUCCCACGCCCCUGGCCCCUUUUGAGCUCCCCUUCCAUUUUUACAAUGAUGAACUGACCCAACAGAAAAUGUCAGAGCUGUUAAAGAAGAAAAAUAAGCUCACUACUGAUGUUGCUGUACUUGAAGAUUUCUUUACUGAUUUUAGUAAACUCCUUCAUUUGCUGAGAGAACAAUACCUGACUGCUAGUGCCAAAGAGGAUGACCUUAGAAAUGUCCUGAUCAAAAGGAACGUGAAAAUAGCACAACCUGUAUCUAUCCCAGAUAUUGACAGACUUCGAAAUGAGAAGACUGCAGAAGCUGAUGGGAUUCUGAAAAUGCUUAGAAGAGUCUGCUCCAUCCAUGACAACUUCAGGGGGCAGCAGGAUGUUUUGGGAAUGGUUGGUCACUUGGCUUAUGUGCAGGAUGAUGCUGCUGCAAGAGUUAUCUCCUGGCACAUCAAGGGUGACAUGGAUUGUGUCAUCACCAAAACAACAGAAGCAGCACGGGGGAUCUACGACAUCACGGGGGGCCGGCAGCAAGUCAUGGCCCUUAACAGCGUGUAUGUGCAACCAUUGAACAGACCACUGCCACACAUAAGAAACGGCCACAAGCUCUUUGAUCCCCCUGGGAACCCAGUCUAUGCCAGAGAGCUCCUGAUUUACCCCCACGACAAGGAGAGCUGUGACAUCGUGUUUAAAAACAUCCUCAGAGACACUAUUCUGAUUGAUGACCUGGACUCUGCAAACAACUACAGACGGGCAGUGGUGCAGAGAAAGACACAUUGUCCCACCAUACUGACCAGGGAGGGCGACAGGAUCAGUUCCAUGGGCAAGUUUGGAGGCGCACAGAACAAAGCCCCACCGAUUAACACAUUACAAGUGUUUGGAGCCCCGCCCCCACAGCAUUACCACACCCUUAAGGAAGAAAUAGACCUACUCAGUCAGUACCAGACAGCUCUGCAAAAGAAAGAGAGGACGGAAAAGGAGCAUGAUGAUCACUCAGAAUACAUGAAGUCUCCUGAAUUACUGAAAAAGAAAAAGGAUAUGGAGGAGAAAAACAAGCAGCUGGAAGAGAUUGGAAGACAAAUUACGUUGAAAUCCAUCAGACCAGUGAAACGGGGUAUGGAGAAUGCUGGUGAGCCUUCUGGCAUCAUUACAAAAAGAGCAAAAUAGAGAUCCACAUUAAGAGAAGGAUAAGACCGACCAGAGCCAAGCUUCAUUUGUAAUUUUAUAGUUAAUAUAUGUUAUAUGUUAUUUUACUAUUAUUAUCAUUUUCUUUUUCAUUUUUGAGUUGUUUUUGUACUUUUUUAUUUGUAGACAUUUGUUUUCUUGUGUUUUAACAGUUUUGUAAUAAUCAAAACUGCU